AUGUCUGUAGGCAUCGAACUUUAUUUGAGAGUCCGUCGGAAGCUAUUGUUCGAUAAGAUCCUCCUCGCUAAUCGUGGAGAGAGCACCUGUAGGAUUAUGAUAACCGUCAGGAAACUCGGUAUCAAGACCUUGACCGUCCUCAGCGAUACUGACAGAAAUGUGCUUCAUGCUAAGAUGGCCGACAAGGCCUACAGCAUCGGUCCCACUCCUUCCGUCGAGAGUUAUCAAAAGGCCGACAAAAUCGUCGAGAUUGCGCAAAAGAGCGGAGCUCAAGUAUAUGGUUCCUUGUCCGAGAACGCUGGCUUUGCUGAUCGCCUACAUGGCCCCGCGCCAGCGCUAUGGCCGCAAAGUGAAUCCAAGUUCAUCAUGGAGGCGAUCAAGGUGUCCGUCGUCCCCGACUACCGCGGUGACAACCAGAAUAAUGCCUUCUUGAAGGCCCAGGCUGACAAGAUUGAAUACUCAGUGUUGAUCAAGGCAGUCAAAGACAGAGUAGGUAAAAGCAUGCGUACUGUGGAGAGUCCCAAAGUCUUUGAGAUCAUGUUGGAGAGCUCAGGGCGUGAGGCUAUGAAGUUCUUCGGUGAUGAUAAGCCAUGGCUGUCAGAGGAAUCUCUACGCAAGUUAGGUGAGAAGGCCGUGGCCGCUGCCAAGGAUGUGAACUACGUGGGUACUGGAGCCACAUUCUACCUUAUGGAGAUGAACACGCGUCUUCAGGUCGAGCACCCCAUUACCGACAUGACCACAUACACAGAUUUGACCGAGCUCGAUGAAGACGGCUGGGCCUUUGAGGCAAGUAUCUAUGCUGAGAACUCCAACAACAACCUCCUGUUUGAUGUGGGAGUCCUGAUCCAUGUCCAAAUGCCAGAACCUUCGAAGAGCGUGCGUCUGGAGAGUGGAUUCAUGCAGGGCGACGAGAUUUCUGCAUUGAAUGAGUACGAAGUCGUUGGAUUAGAUACUAACAUUGAAUUCCUGAAAACUCUGGCUUCCCAUCCUGAGUUCAUUACUGGCAAGGUUGAGACUGGGUUCAUCAAGGAGUAUGAGAGUGAUAUGUUAAAGUCCGCACCAUCUCUACAUCCCGCUACUGUUACCCAUGCUUCCUUGUCGAUAGUUCUGACAGAUCCCGAGGCCUCCAGACAGGCCGCGCUUGUAGUCACGGAUGGAGCUUCGUCUUUUACAUUCAACUCUGGAGUUCGUCUCAACCAGAUCAGCGAGCAGACAAGGGUGUUUAAGCUGGAGAGCCAGAAUGUGCAGGUCGGCGUCGAACUCAAUUAUGACCAAAUCUACAAUCUGGCAGGCGAGAACGCUGUUCUGGCUCAGAUCGAGAGUCGUUUGUACAAGACUAAUGUAAUCCAAGCGGACGAUCAGGUCCACGCGUCCGCAGAGAAAGGCAAGAUGACCCUUGAUGUGCCCCAGCCAAAGUUUUUGGCAGUGGGCAAAGAGGAAAAGGCAGUAAGUUUGCGUACGCCCAUGCCCUGCAAGAUUCCUCAGGUCAUGUGUAAGCCCGGCGACAGGGUCGGCAAGAGCCAAGCACUCGUUGUUCUAGAGGCUAUGAAAAUGGAGGUAACGUACAGUCGCGGGUUCUUGCUGGCUUGA